ACAGCACGAGUGAGAGAGAGAAAUUGAGAGGGAGAGAGACAGUGAGGAAAUGGAGUGAUCGAGAUAGAAAGCGAGAGCUGCCUACCCGCGCUGACACACAAACGGCUGUCCCAUGGACGUAAGGCUAUCUAAUUAAACUCGUACCAGUAAUCCCGUAGACACCCACCCUCCCCCUCGUUAUAUCUUCGCGGAAACCAACUCUCUCUCAACACACACACAUCCCGGUGGAAGCAGGAGCCCAGCCCGUUAUAGCCUCUGUGUCUGCUCGUUUCUGUCUCACGGGGCGUGUGUGUGACGGUAGCAUGGUUUUCAGAGCUCCGCCGCAGUUGCAGUAGAGCCACAAAAGAAGAGGGUGAAGCAGAGACAGCAGCCCGUGUAUAGCAAGCAGCCAGUCCGGAUUCUCUCCAAUCGAUCGACCGGAGGACGCAGGCAGCACAAGCUGAGCAUCCUCGCACCUCUUUCCGUCUCUCACGCUUCCUUGGUCGCAUCGCUUGCGGAGCGCUCUUGGAUAAAGGGUUGUGACUAGGGGCCUGGCUGGUGUUGUUACCACUGUAGUCCAUUGAGGUUGUCGCGGAGACCGAGCGUGUGUCGCCAUGGGGAAACAGAACAGCAAGCUGCGGCCGGAGAUGCUCCAGGACCUGAGAGAGAAUACAGAGUUCUCUGACCACGAACUACAGGAGUGGUACAAGGGGUUCCUGAAGGAUUGCCCCAGCGGCAACUUAAACGUGGAAGAGUUCAAGAAGAUCUACGCCAAUUUCUUCCCCUACGGAGAUGCCUCCAAAUUUGCUGAGCACGUCUUCCGUACCUUCGACACCAACAACGACGGAACCAUCGACUUCCGGGAGUUCAUCAUUGCGCUCAGCGUGACCUCACGGGGAAAGCUGGAGCAGAAACUGAAGUGGGCAUUCAGCAUGUACGACUUGGAUGGAAAUGGCUACAUCAGCCGCGACGAGAUGCUUGAGAUUGUACAGGCCAUUUACAAGAUGGUAUCUUCUGUGAUGAAGAUGCCAGAAGAUGAAUCCACACCUGAGAAGAGAACAGACAAGAUCUUCAGACAGAUGGACCUCAACAAUGAUGGUAAACUGUCUUUGGAGGAGUUCAUCAAAGGUGCCAAAAGUGAUCCCUCCAUUGUGCGGCUACUCCAGUGUGACCCUAGCUCCGCCUCUCAGUUCUAACUCCGCCCACCUGACCUGCCAUGCCCACCUCGCUGAUCGCUAUGGAAACGCACUCAAAAUCAAUGCAUGAUGGUUCUCGUCUCUCAUAUUUUUUUAGUAUACAAGAUGGAAGAAGAGUUUUAAAUGGAGUUUAAAAGUUAUGAUUAUAGUAUAUUUACUUUUAAAUAUAAAGAAGUAUGCAUACAUUAUAUUUAGAAGAUGAAACAACGACAACAAAAAGCAUCUGUUUGCCAAGGCACUGUGUGGUCCGAUGUGUAUUCCCUUCUCCCUCCAUAUCCGUAAGGAGGGAAGUCUGGAAGAAUGGAAUUCUGAUGAGUGUUGCUGUUCAUGAUGUCAGGAAGACCCUCUGCCCUCACAGAGUUGGGAAUUUUGGAGGAAAAGAAAUGCCACCUUAAUUCCACCUUGAGAACCAUGCAUGAGCCUCUCCAGUGUUUUAUUGUAUCUGUUCUCUAAGUUCCUUAACCCCACCUCCCAACAAGGCGCGGCUCCUGCCCUCUUCCAAUUUUGUAUUAAUGUUUAUAUGAUAUUUAUGUGUAUAUAGAAUGCAUAUGUAUGUACAUGAUAUCAUACAACAUCAUCAGGCAGUAUAAUUGUCUUCAUAAACUCAUUCAGGAGGCCGUAUGGCGUCACUUUGUUCUCGCAGGGGUUCUUUUAUUACUAUAUGGGAAUUCCGUAGCGUCCCGUAGAGAGAAUAUCACGGACAUUGGGAAAGGACUUUUUCAUUGUAUGACGUUUCACUGGGGAACACAAGGCUGUGUCAGGAUACCGGUGGGAUUUCACUUUUGAUGUUCGAUUUAUUAUUUUUAGGGUUUCUUUUUUCUGUGUAGCUUUUUGUACAUAACAUUGUGCUCCUCAUAAUUGUUUUAUUUAUUUUUAUUUUCAAUAUUGUUAUUUUACACACGUAAUCGAAAGAUGUUUCGUAACCCAGUGCUGGAAGGAAAUUUAGAGAGAAACAAAGACUUGGGGAAUCAGUUUAUCCAAACAGUCCAAGUUAGGAAAUCGAGAUUCCAGAACUCUGCAUGGAAGUAAAAAUGUGGAAUUUGUAUCAAGGGGAUUCCAUAACGCAUUUGAUCGAUGUAAUCAGUAGCAGCACAUAUCAGUGGAGCCGCCAUGACAAGUGUGUGUGUGUGUGUUUGCGUCUGAAUGUGUGUGCAUGUUCUAUACGUACAGUAUGCAUGUGUACAGACUGUGUGUGUGUGUGUGUGUGUGUGUGUGUGUGUGUGUUUCCAGGCUUUAAAAACGACUUUACAGUAUUAUCAAUUUGUGUUGAUUAUCAGUAUGUAAGUCAAAAGUUCUUUGUUUUGACACAACGUGGCAUCUCUGAGCAAGACAUAUAUAUCGCCACAAUGCAUGGUCAAAAGAAACAGACAAAACAACAAAAAACAAACACAAAACCGUUUCCGCUUUGUAGCUCCCCAUUUUUCCUGUAGCAGGCUGGACGUCACAUGCAAAAUCCACCCACCCACACACACACACACACACACACACACACACACAGUCAUUGCAUCGUGUGUGUGUGUGUGUGUGUGGGGGGGGGGGGAUGCUAUGCGUGUGGGUCACUGACACAGACUCUCCCCAAUCACUCUGCUUUGCCAGACACAGAGAACAACACUAAGGGCUUUAAUAAUCAUCAUUCUCUUUCCCAAUGCUUUAAUAUCCUCUUUGUUUACGCCGCCAGUGUGCAGUAGAUUGGGUUGGCGGGCACCGAUCACUCGACACCCAUCCCAAAUGGCACCCUUUUCAGUGCACUACUUUUGAACCAGAUCCACAUGGCUGUUUAUAAGGGCACACGUCUGGAGAAAUAAGAUUUCAUUGGGACACAUUAAGUUUUGCAAGACUGCUUUUUGCUCACGGUGUCACUGACCUCUAGUGGUUGCGUAGGGAAAAGCUUUUGCUCCACAGCUGGAAACCUAAUACAAGUUUCCCAAAAUUUUGUUUUUUCAGAAAUCCCAAUUUACAAAUUCUUCCUUCCGGGAUUUCUGUAAAACAAGUGACAUUUUGUUAAAAUUUAAAUAUAUUCUGCAACCCUCCAAUAUAGCUACUGUCCUUAAUGACCACUCUCUGAAGCACUUUGUGUUGGAUCAAUAAAACCUUCCCCCUGAUUCUUCCCUUUUUCUGUUGCAUGAAAACCUCAAGCGAGGAUUGUCAUGUUUGUUCCUGUUUUGACCCGAAUCGAUUACAAUAUACCUUAUGUGUUUCAAA